AUGGUGUUUCUAUUCAUCGCCAUUUUUGCGAAUCUGCUGCAAUUUGGACAAGUUGCUAUUUUGUAUAAUAAUCGUAACAAUAAUAAUUUGCAUAUUAAUAAUUAUAAUAAUCCGGGAUAUCUCGAAUAUCAAAAACCUCAAUUUUUGAACAAAAAUGUAUUGAAUCGAUUAGAAGUUUUAUUGGCAGAUCAGGUUAGUUUCAGGGUUAUUAAAAAUCUAUUUGGAAAUAUAAAUAACUGAAAAUUGUCAGCCAAAAUUGAUGACCACUCUCAAGAUUGAUUUACUGACCAAACUUGAAAUAAAACUGGUUUUUCAGUUCUGAUCGGGGAAGAAAUAUGUUGCAAAUAGAGUGGUUUGUUUUCUUGAGAUAUACGUUUAGGUUAUGUUUUAUGUUUGACAGAUUUGAGGAUUGCAUUUUUUUUAGAUUUAGUAAUACUAAAUAAUUCAGAUUCAAUGAUAUUCUAGAAAUUUCUAAACUCUAGAUAGAAUUCACCACAGUAUUUGCCCAUGAUGAUUGAUAGCGUUCCAAGUUCUAUUUUCAAUUUUUGGUCAAAAGUUUAAGGUGAAGGUAGAUAUCUAGCUUUCUUUGAAUUAGGUCCGAUAUUCUAAAAAGAUCAGGCACUGGGAAUCGAACGUGACCACAAAAUUGUCCCAAUUUUGCUUUUGCCCUAGAAUUAAUUAAUGAAUUACCCAGAUUGUUCUUGAUUGCUCGUAUCGAUCAGUACAUCCAGCGAGAAUUGAAUGGUUCCGAAAUGAACAUCCGCUCGAUAAGGAAACUGUCAAAAUGAGUCUUAUUCGAAAAGAUCACACUGGAAUGAAACUAAUAAUUGAAUCUGUUGAUGUUACCACACAAGGACUUUGGUCAUGCCGAGUAAACAAUAAAGUUGCAGAAAUUCGAAGAAAUUUCACAAUCGAGGUGAUCGGUAAGUUUUUACAUCUCAUUUGUUUUGCAUGGUGUGCUGUGUUUUCAGAUUUUUGUGAUUAUUUUUUGGGAUUACCACCAGUUUCACCCGAUAGUUAUCCAAUGGAAUGUAUUUGUUUGUGGUCGAUGAGUCGUGAAAUUCUACCAAGAAAGAUCAAUUUGUCAGCUGCAAAUGCUGAUGUUUGUUUGAAGUAUCAUUCAAGAUUAGUGCAAAAGGCGAGGGCACCAUUCAAAAAACGACCAUGUUUGGAUGAAUCGUGUUUGAAAGAUAAAGAUGAGCAUGCAAAAUGGGCAAAAGAGCGACAAUUGCGACAAGAAAAAGAGAAAGAGAAGGGAAAAUCGAAGAAUGUGACUUUUGUGACUUUACAGAAUGAUGAUUCUCCAACGCAUGAAAUUAUUUCAAUUGAUAAUGACAAACGUGAGUUUUCCAGAUCCAAUGAAAGUUUUCAAUUGGUUGGCACAACAUCCAAAUACUGAUAUUGAUAGAGUUAUCAUUAAUGCUUUUGGGCCUAGAGUUUUGCGAGAUAUUGUUCGAUUCAUCAAAGGAUGGAAAACCAUGAAGGAUUCGGAGAAAAAAGAACGAGUCAUUAAAUUCUUGGAAUUCAGAAAAAGUUUACACUAGUUUUUUUUUCAGAAACCAUUGUCAAAAUUGAAAAUUUCUGCUCUUAAAAAUUGUGUUUUUUUCAGAAACUGAAUACCUUGAUGCUGAUGACAUUGAAGAAGUUGAAAACUCGAUUUCCCCAGAUAUUGAACUUGUGGAACUUAACCGAACUGUCGAAGAGCCACCUUACUUCAGAACCAAAACUGAUCAAUUAACACAGGAUAGUGAGAUAUUGAAAAUUCCAGCUGGUGGCACUUUGAGAUUUGGUUGCAAAGCUUAUGGCAAUCCAGAACCACAGGUUUGUUUUUUUUCUGAUGUGAAUCCGGAAUUUUUAGAGAAGUGGAAGAUACUGCAAUAUAUUUUGUAUUGGAAGAGGAAAUUGUUGGUUUUCUAGGCCAUUUUAGUUUUUUUUUUCAAAAAUAAAAAAAAAUUAUCAUAUAUUUAGAUUUUUUGGUACAAAGAUGGUGUUCCAUUAGAAAAAGGAAAAGCUCGAAAAUCCGGAUUCUCCUAUAAAUUCAAUAAAUGGUCAUUGGAACUUGAGGAUGCUAUCAAAAGUGAUGCUGGACAAUAUAAAUGUGAAGUUAUAAAUAUUCAUGGAAAAGCGAUUCGAACGUUUGACGCGGAAAUUGUUGAAAGAUGGAGAACAUCACCAAUGAUCAUUCCGAAUAUUCUUUUCAAUCAAUCGGUGAGUUUUGCUGAUUUUUUUAAAGCCUAUGGACCAUUGGAAUUUUUAGGUGAACGUCAAUGAUACUGCAACAUUCCACUGUCAGAUCCAAUCCGAUAUUAUCCCAUAUAUUAUCUGGAUCCGCCUCAAUAAAGUUGAUGGUUCUUAUUGGUAUUUUAAUGAGACUGCUGGACAACAUCUCUUCCAUUAUACAGAAAUGGAGGAUAAUGAAAAGGUUUUGUGAUUUUAUUGAGAAAACUUUUUAAAUACAACUAACUUGAUUACUUGUAGAAAAUCACAAUAAAAAGUAGAGGAGAUCAUUCAACUUUACAACUUCGAGAUGUUCAAUUAGAAGAUCAGGGAAUUUAUGCUUGCUUGACUGCAAAUAGUAUUGGAUGGGCUAUGGAAAAUGCGACACUUGUUGUGAAUGAUUUUGAAACAGUUAAUCUACCCACGGGAAAUGAGCCGAGUAAAGAGUCAACAUAUGCUAGUAAGCUCAAAAAUUUUCCCCCCACCAAAAAGUAUUUGUUUUUUUUUCAGCAACAGUGUUGUUAAUCGUUCUCUUAUUCUUACUUUUAUUCCUUCUUUUCUCAUUGAUAAUCGCCUAUUUGGCUUAUCGUGCAAAACUACACAAAAAGAAUUUGAUUGAUGGAAAUGUCGGGUUGGUCACUAAAAAGAAGGUGGUCGUUAGUAAAAAACCGAUAACUGAUGAUGAUAAUGGCGACGCUCCGCCAUAUCAAAUUCAAAUAAUUGAACAACAAUUGACACCAAAAGAAGCUGGACAAAGGCAACGGAAGAGAGUGAAUUCGGAGAAUACGGUUUUGUCAGAAUAUGAAGUUCACUCUGAUCCUCAUUGGGAAAUUGAUAGAAAUCGGUAAGAUUUUUUCAAACAAAAAAAUUAUCAAAAAACUUUUUGUAGGCUUGAAUUAGUCAGUAUGCUUGGAGAAGGUGCAUUUGGAGAAGUUUGGAAAACAAAUAUGACAAAUCCCGAAAAUCCAAGUGAAGAAAAUAUUCAAGUUGCAGUUAAGAAACUAAAAAUUUCCGCACAUGAAAAAGAAUUGAUUGAUUUAGUCAGUGAAAUGGAAACUUUCAAGGUAAUCAGAUUUUGAAUAGGAAGUUAUCAAAUCUCGUGAUUUUCAGAUCAUUGGUGAGCAUGAAAAUGUGCUUCGGCUCAUCGGAUGUUGCACAGGAGUUGGUCCACUUUAUGUUGUUCUCGAGUUGUGUAGACAUGGAAAUCUUCGAGAUUUCUUAAGAGCUCAUAGACCAAAAGAAGAAAAAGUUGCGAAAAAAUCAAGUCAGGAUUUGACAGAUUAUCUGGAACCACGGAAAAUUUCUGAUAGAGAUGAGAUUGUAAGUACAUAUAUAAUUUUUUUUUGAUUUUUAAAAUUUCAUGACAAAUGUUUCAGGAUAUCAUUCCACAUUUAACUCAACGACAUCUGGUGGCUUUUGCUUGGCAGGUUGCAAGAGGAAUGGAUUUUAUGGCAAAGAAAAAGAUUAUUCAUCGAGAUCUUGCUGCAAGAAAUGUUUUAGUUGCUGAUAAUCAUGUUCUGAAAAUUUCUGAUUUUGGAUUAUCGAGAGAUGUUCAUUGUAAUGAUUACUACAGAAAACGUGGCAAUGGUAGACUUCCCAUCAAGUGGAUGGCUCUAGAAGCAUUGGAUUCACAUGUUUAUACAAUUGAAAGUGAUGUUUGGUCAUUCGGAAUUCUUCUUUGGGAAAUCAUGACUCUUGGUGGAACACCAUAUCCAACAAUUGCGAUGCCAGAAUUAUAUGCCACAUUAAAAGAGGGUUAUCGAAUGGAAGCACCGCAUAAUUGUCCAGAAGAAGUUUAUAAUAUAAUGGUUGCUUGUUGGCAAGAAAAACGAGAAAAUCGACCAUCUUUCGCGACAGUUGUUGAUUAUCUAGAUUGGAUGUUGGUUCAAUCAGUUGAAGCACAAAGUGAUCAAAUUGAUUUGCAAGAGAAGAUAUUCAGUGAAAAUCAGACAUCUUCCGGGCCAACGUCGCCGACAAUGGCGUUUUCGAAGAGAAAGAAGCAUCGACCAUUGUCAGCUCCAGUUAAUUUGCCGUGUGAAUUACAACAUUCAAUUUGUGAUGAUGAUGAAAUUCCAAUAAUGAAUGGAAGUGAAGAUGAGGAAGAUGAUUAUCAUUUUUAUUGCAACGAUUUGAAACACAACAAAUUGAAAGGUUGGCAAUUUCUUAUAAAAACACAAUUUUCCAUUUUUGAGAGAUAUCACAAAAAUCAAAAUUCUCGUUUUUUCCAGAACCUCUACUAGAAAAAGUAAACGAAGAAACAUCUCAACAAAUCUCAGGGUAUGUACGACCAGAUCGACUAACUCGUGUCGUCAGCAGUGUAGCAAAUCAAUCACUCGAUUCGGCCAUCGGAUCACCAGCCUGGCAACAUCCAUUUGAUCACCAGCAUCGAAUAUCUAACAAUAACCUUGGCGCCGCCAAUUCAAACGCUUCAUGUUUAGGUUUGUCCACUCGUAGUGACCGCAUGCUUUAUUGAAUGUGUUCCUAUGUAUUUUUAUAUUCAUUUUUUACUUGAUUUUUAUUUUUUCAAAAACUGAUAUUUAGGUGAAAAAGAUGAACAACGACAGCGGUUGAUUGAUGAGCAUUACUAUUAUCAAUAG